GACAUUUCGUUGUCAUUUUUAGCGGAAUACAAAUAAAUCAGCAAGAAACAAUACAAAUCGAUCUCUAAGUAUCGCUGAAAGAGUAAAACAAAGGAAAAAACGAGCAAAUUAAUGACUAAAAGUAAUAAAAUCUAAUGAAUACAAUAAAAACCGAAAUUUCUAUUUGAAAACAAUUGACAUUCAACCGCAAGAUGUGUGUCACACGCAAUAAAUUUGAGAGAGCCUGUGGACUUUUGCUGCUAAACGAGUUCAAAGCAUUUGUUUACUGCUGCAUACGGUGUCAAUGUGAAUUUGAUUAUAGUAUGGAAUUGGAGGUGCACAUUUUGUCGGAACAUCAAAACGAUGAAAUCCACAUGGAAAAUGUGUUUGUGAAUGAUGGCAUUACUGUGAAUGAAGCAACACCGAUCGAGUAUGGACCAACUAGUGUUAAAAUUGAGCCGUGUGUUGAACAUGGAGAUGCGCCAAAUGCCGAGGAAUCGGUUGAAAUAAAUGCCAGAGAAUUGACUGAUUUCUCAGUGAAUCACGAAUUUGACAACGAUAACAAUGGGAAUGAGAGCAACAAAACCGUAGUUGAAGUAUUAACUUCUAGAAAACGAAGAGAACGGCCGCCCACACCAAAGAAAAGAAAACUGAACAACGUCGAUAAAUCAUUCACAGCCAAAACAAAAGAAUCAAUCAUUAAAGGACGACAAAGUACUCUGAUGCGAAAUGGGCUUGGAUCGAAAAGAAAGAAAAUUGAUAACGAUUCGGUAACAAACCGAAAACAAACUGAAGAAUCAAUGCCAGAAAGCUCAGGGAUAGUUCGAAUGAAGUCCAAAAAAAUUCCAUCAACUUCUCCUUCAUCAUUGAAAAAGGAAGAGUCAGAGUCUCACAAGCGGCGAGAUUAUGGUUCAACUAAACUAUCCGAAGAGAAGAAAAAUAGUUUGAAAAAUGCUUGGAUUGAUGUAAAAGAAGGUCGAAUGACAAUAUACAGAGCAGCCCAAGUGCAUGAUGUAAAUGUGUCAACAUUGCGAAAAUGGUGUCAACGUAAUGAUAUAGAUGAGCAGAGACCAUCAGUCGGAAGACCUUGUUAUCUUGGUAAAAAUUUGGAAAUCAAAUUGAAACAUUGGAUAUCUGAAGCAGCAAAAUCAGGCUUCCCAAUCACACCUCAACUACUGAAAAAUGAAGCGCAUAAGUACAAUGAGGAAUAUGGGUCAGUUGAUGGAUGGCAACCGGGUGAUAAAUGGUAUUAUGGCUUUCUUCAUCGUAAUCCAGACAUAUCCUUGAGGACACCACAACACAUUUCGGUAAACAAAAACCCAACCACUGAGACAGAAGUACGGGAAUGGUAUCAAAAGAUCAAUGACUUCAUAAAUGAAAUGGGGUACGAAGAUUGCUUGAAAGAUGUGAACAGAAUAUUCAAUAUGGAUGAGACAUCAUUUUGUGUGAAUCCAACUUUGGGAAAAGUGCUGGCGAAGCGCGGAGCUAAAAAUGUUUAUACAAUGUCGGUAAAAAAUGAAGCAGACUGCUACACGGUAUUAUUAGGAGGAAGUGCUGCGGGUCAUAAGACACCACCUUUGAUCAUAUUCCCAGGCAAAAGCCUUCCAAAUCAAGUGAAUCAAAUGCUACCAAAUAAAUGGCAUGCAUAUUGUUCUGAAAGUGGUUGGAUGAACCAAGACAUAUUCUACGACUAUAUUUCUAAUGAUUUUUAUCCCUGGCUUAUCAAACAUGGAAUUACAACGCCUGUUAUUGUCUUCGUGGAUGGUCAUGUCAGUCAUCGAUCACUAAAACUGAGUGAAUUUUGUUACAACAACAAAAUUAUUUUGGUAUCGUUCUUGCCAAACAUGACUCAUAUCUGUCAACCGAUGGACGUUGUAGUUUUCGAUUCUGUUAAACAAAAAUGGUCAUCAAACUUAGAAGAAUUCAGAAAUUUAUGUGGUGACCUACAAAGAAUGCCAGAAGCUAAUUUUUGUGAGCUUCUUGAUCAAUGUGUAGAAGAAAAUCUCACACCAGAGCUGAUAAAAACGGCGUUUGUGAAAACCGGUUUGAAUCCUUUCGAUGCAAACAGCUUCAACUACUCUAAGCUAUCGACAGUGGCGUCAACUGGGGAAAAAGCAUCGUUCACAUCGUGAAAACUACAACACUCAGUAGCCACCAACAAAUUUUCCCAACGUUUAUGGAACGUUUGAUUAAAGAAAAAACAAAAUUUGUCCAGAUGGUUCGUACAACAUGUUGGUUGAAAAAAUAAACUAACUUUUAUUGGCACUAUAUUUAACAGAUACAUCGAUUGGAAAAAAAUAUAUAGGAAAAGACAAUUGUUGUUUCAUCAAAUUGUUGUUUUAAACACGUGAUUUAAAUAAGCCAAUAAAUGAUAAAGGCAAUAAAUUUGCAUUUUA